AUGGACCCAUCAUUCCAAACAACGAGAAGUACAGCAUCCUUGAAAUGGACCGACUACCUCCUAAAGGACCUUGACCCAUCUGACGAAGGCUGGGAGAUGUCCAUGGUCCUCAAGGAACUGGCCAAGCAGUACGAGGCAUAUGAUGACCAGACUCCCCAUCCCUUUGGCUUUGGCGACGGCUACAACAUCCGGGGGGUUCCUGAGGUAGAGACUGCCGCCAACACCAACGCUGCUGAUACCAGCGCGGCGAAUGUCAACAAUACUGUCAACGCCAACAACACCACCGCCAACACCAACAACAAGAAACGUCCCGCCGAAGCCAUGGACCAGAACGGCAACAACAACAACAACAAUCAUGAUGCUUUACACCCCAACAAGCGCGUCAUGACCACCCACCAGAACUAUCCGGCGCUUCCCCCUGAGACCAUCUUCAAAGUCGAUACCCAAAGUGUCUACAAAGUUCGCAUCACCGAAGGCGAUACUCCUACCUUCAAGUUCAAGUCGAGCGGUCCUGCUAGGGUUCUGGUCAAGCUCAAUCGUGGAGGUGUUGCUGCUGCUGCUGCCGCUGCUCCUGUCCCUGCUCUCGGUGUUCCUGGUGCCGCUGCCCCUGGUGCUAUCGCUCCUCCCGAUCCUCUCACUGCAUCUGGUAUCAUCGCUGAUCGGGCCCCCGGUAUUGUUGCUGCUCAAGCUCCUGCUGCUCCCGACCCCCCCGCCGCCCCCAGUGCUCAAGCUACUGUUGGUACCAUCGCCGCCCCCGGUACUGUCAUACCUGCUGCCCCUGACCCCGCUCCCGCUGUCGUUGCUUUUGCUACUCGCGCUUCUCUCGCUGCAUCUGAAGGCGUUGGUAAUGUGAACCCGAUGGUUACGGGCUGGGAAGGUAUGGGCUUUGGAAACAUGGGCUUCGUAGAGUGGUCUUCGGUUUCUUCAAUGUCAUCUAAUACCGAAACGGACAGCGAUGUUGCUUGA